GUGGUUAAAGUUUGAAACAGUGUUAAAAUUUUGGGAAAAGUGAGAAGGAAUAUUGACGACCUAAGCUCCGAUUCUAAUUGGGGGAAAAAAAAACAGUCACUGAGGACGGAAAAUGAGUAGACGAUAGGAACCGAACAAAAAAAAUAAAAAGAAAAAGAGAAAACACUUCAGCUGCAAUGGACUACGCAUCCAUAUUAAUCAUCCACUGGCGGGUGGCAGCGCCAUUCUUGGAUUCGAUUUCUACUGCGGCAGCACAGAUAUCGCGUACUCUCUAAGAAAUGAUAUUCGUCAAUGGCGUUCACAUUUCUACCGAUUCAUCUUCCUCUCAGGGAAGUGAUAUUGUGGAUGCGCUUAUGAAAAAUCUCACUUUGGUAACUACAUCGUGUUCAUUCAGAGCUAUCCCAGUGAAGAAAUUUUCAUCUCUUGAAGAGUCUGGUUCAGAGUCAUCGAUGCAGACUAGAUAUGUUUAUGUGUUUCAAAGAGAAUAUGCUACUGUUGACCCUGCUCUUGUGGAUCUAGUUGGAACAGAUGAAGCGACAACUUGUGUGGGACUUGUCAUUCGAAACCGCGAAAAUGGAAUGACCUCUGUUGCCCACAUGGAUUCUCCAAAUGUUGUCAAUACUGGCCUUGAACAGAUGUUACCACUAAUCGUUAAUAAUAAUUCUGAUGUUGAGCUGGAUGUGCAUUUAAUUGGUGGAUUUGAGGAUGCCUCACCCAAUCAUGAAAAUAAUGGUACUAUAGCAGGAAGCCACACAAAAUUGGAUGGUUAUUCCUUUCCUUUGUGUACGAAAAUAGUUGAAACCUUGGAAAGGAGUCAGUUGAAGUUCCACAUUCAAACUCUCUUUGUUCUUCGACAUAACACCAGAAGAGAUUCCAAGGGAAAUGCAUGUCCCAUAUUUAGUGGAUUCGUGGUGGAAACCUCCACAGGAUCAGUUAUCCCGGCUUGCUUUGACAAAACUUCAAGAUGUCCAGAUGAGAUUGUCAGGAGGAUUAGAGUGUCAGCAUCUUUUGAGGACCCCAGCUGGGAAGGGAGGUUACUGGAGACAUAUGACACCCAGAAUGAUCAAUUUAAAAUUGCCCCAUGCUCUUGGUCCUCGCGCCAAUUUUACAUUGCUUUAAGAUUGCAAGAUCUUUCUGAUUUAGAAAUCCUCAAUAUGUGCUCUACUUCUCCCUCAGCUGAGGGACCAGAUUUUGUGGAUAAUUUAAGAAGGCAGAUUGAGUACGUGAUUAAACACCCGGCAUGGUUGGAGAGCUUUCCAGGGAGGGAGGCUCGUGUAUUUAAGAGGAGGAGAAUUGCUGCUGCUGGGGGAGGUAGAGGCAGAGGCAGAGGCAGAGGCUGGACUUGGAGCAGGACAAAAACUGAAGGUGCCGCAGACUAAUAUUGAUUGGCAAAGCAAUGGAAUGUUCCUCCGCGCUCACCUAGCUAGUUGAAUUAAAUUCAAUUUCUACAGUGAAACCGCCCCCUCUACCACUUGAUCUACUUGAAUGAUGAUGAUGGUGUUGAAUCUGUACACCUUUGCCUCUCUCCUCUUCGUUGUACCACCAGUACAAAAUAAAAUAUGGGCUGAUGAUUCUUGAAAUGGAAUGAUUGAUAUACAAUCGGAGUUAAUGAUUCUUCAGAUGGAGUAAUUGAUAUAAUAUCGGCUAUCUUCUCAGCUUUGAUUUAAGAAGCAUAGGAAAUUAAUGAA